AUGAUGAAAUAAUCAGAAAUGCAAAUUAUGUAUUCAUUUUUAGAGAGUUUAAGAGACUUAUUAAAAUGUUUCAUUAAAAUAUUAUUAAAGAACAUAAAUUAUUUGUAGAUUUUGAUAACAGCUUCCAAUAUGAAAGUAAAGCUUUAUAGUUAUGAAAUUAAUAGAAGGAUAGGAAAUGUUUGAAGUAUUAAAUUCAUUAGGCUAUUAUUGUGAAGCAGAUGUAUAGGAAUUAUUUAUAUAAUUAUUCAGUGCAUCGGUAUUUGCCAUAGAGAUUUGAAACCAAACAAAAUUCUUUGUGUAAAUAGUAUUAAUGAUUUUGUUAUUAGAUAAAAAGUAAAUAAAAGUGAAAGAUUUUAAUGUGAGUAAAUUCAGUGAUUCAUACAAAGAAUUUGGAGAUUUACAAGAGAGGGAUAAUAUUGAAAUGUGAAAUAUACUGGAACUGUAUCAUUUUCAGCUUCUGAAAUUUUUACAGGAAAAGGAUAUCAGUCAUAAGAGAUAUAUAUUGAAUAUAGUUAGAUAGUUGAUAUUUAGAGUGCAGAAUAUAUAUUAUAUUCAAUGUUAUCAGGAUAGUUGUCAAU